AGCGGCCGGCGUGGGCCCCAUGGUUGGGCCGGGCGGAGGAGCAGAACCGGCGAGGUGAAGCCCGGGGGCCGGCAGCCGGAGCGCGUGGCGGGGGCGCCGGCUCCAUGGGCAGCGGCGCACAGUGGCGCGAUGAUGGACGUUAACAGCAGCGGCCGCCCGGACCUCUACGGGCACCUUCGCUCUUUGCUCCUGCCAGAGGUGGGGCGCGGGCUGCCGGAACUGAGCCCCGACGGUGGCGCCGACUCCGUCUUGGGCUCCUGGGCGCCGCACCUGCUGAGCGGGCUCCCGGAGGUGACCGCCAGCCCGGCGCCCACCUGGGACGCGACCCCGGACAAUGCCUCCGGUUGCGGGGAGCAGAUCAACUACGGCAGAGCCGAGAAAGUUGUGAUCGGCUCCAUCCUGACGCUCAUCACGCUGCUGACGAUCGCCGGCAACUGCCUGGUGGUGAUCUCUGUGUGCUUCGUCAAGAAGCUGCGGCAGCCCUCCAACUACCUGAUCGUAUCCCUGGCGCUGGCCGACCUCUCUGUGGCCGUAGCGGUCAUGCCCUUUGUCAGCGUCACGGACCUCAUCGGGGGCAAGUGGAUCUUUGGCCACUUCUUCUGCAACGUCUUCAUCGCCAUGGACGUCAUGUGCUGCACAGCCUCGAUCAUGACCCUGUGCGUGAUCAGCAUCGACAGGUACCUCGGGAUCACCAGGCCCCUGACGUACCCCGUGCGGCAGAAUGGCAAGUGCAUGGCCAAGAUGAUUCUCUCCGUGUGGCUGCUCUCCGCCUCCAUCACUCUGCCCCCGCUCUUCGGCUGGGCGCAGAACGUGAACGACGACAAGGUGUGCCUGAUCAGCCAGGACUUCGGCUACACCAUUUACUCCACGGCCGUGGCCUUCUACAUCCCCAUGUCGGUCAUGCUGUUCAUGUACUACCAGAUCUACCAGGCGGCCCGGAGGAGCGCCGCCAAGCACAAGUUCCCCGGCUUCCCGCGCGUGCAGCCGGACAGCGUGGUGGCGCUCAACGGCGUGGGCAAGCUGCACAGGGAGGCGGAGGAGUGCGCCAACCUCGCCAGGCUGCUCAAGCACGAGAGGAAAAACAUCUCCAUCUUCAAGAGGGAGCAGAAGGCGGCCACCACGCUGGGCAUCAUCGUGGGCGCCUUCACUGUGUGCUGGCUGCCCUUCUUCCUCCUGUCCACGGCCAGGCCCUUCAUCUGCGGCACCGCCUGCAGCUGCAUCCCGCUGUGGGUGGAGAGGACAUUUCUGUGGCUGGGCUAUGCGAACUCGCUCAUUAACCCUUUUAUAUAUGCCUUCUUCAACCGGGACCUGCGGACCACCUACCGCAGCCUGCUGCAGUGCCAGUACCGGAACAUCAACCGCAAGCUCUCGGCCGCGGGCAUGCACGAGGCGCUGAAGCUGGCGGAGCGGCCCGAGCGGCCCGAGCUCGUGCUACAAAACUCUGACUACUGUAGAAAGAAAGGUCAUGAUUCAUGAUCGAAAGCGGAAUAAUGGAGAGGAAAUAAACAAGGCAAAAUAGAGGUGGAAACAGAACGAAAUCAUUUGCCAAGACUACAGACUGGAAUGCGGCUUCUUUCUUGGGAUGGCUAAAACAUGACAAACAGGGCAAUCUGUUGUACAAAGUUAUCUUCUGGGGGAGCUUGUGACCACUCCUUUUCCCUGUGGGUCAGUGCUGUUGUGUGUUCUCAGUUUAAGACAGCCAGAUCAUCUCAGCAGUUAGCACACUAGCAGAACUGAGUUCCAGAAAGGAAGCAGUUUCUGGUGCUUUGCAUAUGUCCAAAUCCACACAAGUGGGAGAAGGUUCCAGUGCACAUUUCCCAUGCUUCCGAGUUUAGGCAUUGUGGUGACUAUUCAGGAAUCAUUCAUGAGACAGAAUGUAUUUUCUGGUAUGACAGAAGGGUUUUCCCAAGCAAACUGCGGUAAGCAUAGUGUUGAAUAUGUUGCAUGUCCAUGUUAGAAAACAGAAUCCAGUCAUCAGCUAAUAUAAAAGAUUCCCCAGAGCAGUGUUUAUUUCAAGUUUCUGUCAAAUAGUUUGGCUUUUCUGCAGGGUCCCUGUGACUCCCCUCCAAUGUACUUUCUCUGUUAACUCACUUACUGUCACGGUGUUACUCAGGCACAGAUCUCAGGAUGGAGAGAAGCAUAAACCCAGGGAAGCUCUUUCUUGGGUCCUUAGAGGUGAGGGGGAUUCCUUCUGUGAGGGUUUCUCUCUGGAUGAAGUGCCAGUGCUACGUAACUGCAUUGUAAUUAACACAAUUAUGGGCAUGUUUUUGAAUCUCGGUUUACACUAGGGUGCGACAGGCCCAGAGGCUAGUCCAUAACCAUGUGGUAUGUGGAAGAUGUGUCGGAAUAAUGGGUUUUCUGUGAAAGGCUGUGAUGCUUCUGGAGAUGUAGCAUAAACACCUUCCUUCCUGUUGAGCAGCAGCAUAUUAAACUGAAUUGUGUGAAUUGGAGGUCACCUGGACUGCUCUUGGGAAAUUCUCCAGAAUGCUAUUCUGUUCCUUCUAGAGAAUUCUUUUUUUGUGUUUUCUGUAUCUUUUUUUUUUUUCUUGAGACAGAGUCUCACUAUGUCACCCUUGAUAGAGUGCUGUGGCGUCACAGCUCACAGUAAUCUCAAACUCUUGGGCUCAAGCAAUUCUCUUGCCUCAGCUUCCCAAGUAGCUGGAACUACAGGCGCCAGCCACAAUGCCUGGCUAUUUUUUUUUCUGUUGCAGUUGUCAUUGUUGGUUAGCUGGCCUGGGCCAGGUUCGAACCCACCAAGUUCAGUGUAUGUGGCUGGCAUCAUAACCACUGUGCUAUGGGCGCCAAGCCAUGUUCUCUGUAUCUUAAGUCAAAUGUGUGCCUGGGCAGUUCUGUCCCCUGACCUCCCCAGCCCCCAGGGUAGAUGUUAAGGGGAGGUAAGGAAAUAGAAUAUGUCUAUUUGGGGGUAGUAUUGUUUUUAAAUGGUACUAUGUGAUAAGUGUGAGCUAAGGAGACAGAAAGACACUGGAUCAGAAGAGUACCUAUAUCUACAAGGGGAAAAUGAAUGUAAACUUUUCCUCGAUAGGUGAGAACUGAAAGAGAAUGUAUUAGUUUCCUAUAAUAAAGAAAGCUGUCCUCUCACAGGAUUAAGUGGAAUUCCAAAUGUGGAUUAUGGACUUCUUCCAAUUUUCAUUGACAUUGCUUCUUACAAGAUACUGGGAAGGGCUACCUUUCCUGAAAGGGGAGGUGGGCACUGUCCUUUCAGAGCAAGCUUGUAUAAAUUCAUGAUCUGCAGAUUUGCUAAAGUGACUGUAUAUACUUAUAUUCAUAAUUUAAAUGAUUAUUUAUGGUCAGAUACAUAUUGUUAAACUUGAAAAUGUUUUAUUACAUUACAUCAAAUAAAGUUUAUUUGUAGCUG